AUGCAGCCUGCUGACUUAGACUUUGACUUUGACUUUGUUCCAGCUGCUGGCAGACCCGGUGACCGGCGUGGACACAUGCCUGUCCAACCGUACCAAAGGCGGAGGAGACCGUCAGCGUUCCAGAGACUCUGGAGCAAACUGAGCAGCACAAGUACAGAGUAUGAUGGACAGAUAUUUGACAAUGACAACAUGAGGGCCGUCAGUAUUAUGAUGGCGGCAGUUGCCAUCGUGGUCAUCGGUUCGCUGGCCAUUGCAUCCGCUUCCAGGGACGCCAUCCCCUCUUCUACAGUAGAGCUGACGCUGUCCGUGCUGUUCGCACUGUCAGCGUUCUGGGUGUUUGCCUUACUGCUCCUGGCAUGGAGGGGCAAACUGACCACAGAUAUAGACUACAGGCACAAGAAAAACAACCAGAUGACAUUCCAGAAAAUAGGCGCCAUUAUCUUUGGUACCGGAGGGAUGCUCUACAACAUCCUGAGGAUAUCAGAGUACAUGAACACCGAGGAAGAGAGUUGUAAGAAGGUGGAAUCCGUGAUCAUGUCCGUGUUCUACAUUUGUUUCAUCUCUGUGCAAGUCUACUUUCUGCUUCUCUUCUCCAAGGUAAGAGCAAUGGGUUGGUACAGCAGAGCUAUUAUGUAGAGUGUCCAAAGGUACAUGCAGGUAUUCUAACACUCCUCCCAUAGUGUAGAGCCGCAUUCGUCAACCGUAUCAAACAUUGGUUGCAGAAUACGUUGUGGUUGCAAUAUGCUGCUGUACAACCAGUUCAAGGACCACAACAUUCAUAUUGCGAUAUAUGUCAUUGUUGUUUAAAUGUACAGACACAGUGUAUACCGUAAACACAAUAAAUGGUAAAGCGGUUGUCUUAUAGACAUCAGACCAAUUUCCGUGAUUUGAGUCCGAAAAACAGCUUUUAUCUAAAAAUUUGACGCUGUUUCAUGGUGAAGUUUUCAUUUUCAACAUGAUGGCAAUUUUAUUAAGUGUGACUUUGAAAUCCCAUGGGCCUGAAGCUCCGUGCAAAUUACAUUUUGUGAAAGUCCUCAGUAAUAGAAAAAAAACAAAAUUAAAACGUGGUGGUGUUUAUGAUGUUAAUCAUUAUGCAAUAUUGCAUCAAAAAGACAAAAAAACAGUUUUUGUAGACUGUAAGCGUUAUCUCUGUUUUCUGUCUGUACAUUUGACAGAUUUGCUACAUUGUUGUUCUUGUCUCUCCUCAAAUAAAGCACAUCAGUCUUCAUUCAUGCAGUGGGUCGCUGGCUUACUUAGUUUGUCUGGUUUUAUUGAUUAAAAUGAACACAAAGUACAAAAUCAGUUUGAAGGAAUAAAUUAGAUUUAGGGAAGUUUAAUUUGUAAUUUCAUCGAUGCUGAAUGUAUGAUAUAAAGACUAUUAAAUGACGUGGCAUUUCGGUGGAGAGCGCCAGACA